AUGGAAGAACUAAAAGAUGUAAGUAUCCAUCAUACGGCGUUAAAAGUUCUCUCCGAAAUAACAUCAAUGAAAAACUAUGAUGAAGUCAUUUACAAAACCGUACAGAAUUUGGUUUGUACGCCAGAUGUUGACAAAGUUGAUAUGAAACGAACGUUAGAGCAAGCCAUUAAAUCAAAUGGUUUAGAAACCGAAAUUCGUAAUGUUGUCUAUCAUUUGCUGAGAGCAUCGAAUAAAAAUGAGAUCAAUAAAAAUCCAGUGCAAUGUAAUGAUUCGUUGAGUUAUCUUCGUCGGGCUGGAAUACUAUGGGAGAGACGAGUUCGAAAAUCGUUGAAUUCAAUGUGCACCGAAUUGGAAGUCACUUUGCAAGGUCAGCUGAGAACAAGCGCCGAACGUGAGGAACUUUUAAACAAAUGGGACGAAUUAAGCAACUAUCAAAUUGAUUUAAGUAAUUAUCGUCCAGUGUACGCUCCAAAAGAUCUGCUUGAAGUGUUAAUAUCAUUAAAGGGUCCGAUGCGACAGGAGGAUGAUAUUUAUCCAAAAUGGGAAUUCUCUCAUAUAACACUGCCGGUGAAGAAUUUGCUCGAGUUAAAAAUGCACUUUCGAGAUCUGCUGAGGCCACCGAUACACAAUUGGCCUGCACAGUGUAAGCGGAUUUUAAGCCAACGGCUCGCUCCACUCAGUCAGCAUGCGUUGAAAAAAGGCCAAACACCAAAACCACUACGUGGCGAACUCUGGUCGUAUGUACUUGGAAGCCAUAAUUUUGUUAAUAAUUUGCCUUAUUGGGAAAAAUUGAAGAAUUCCGUUCUUAUGACUGAUCUUAUUGUCGAUAAGUUGGUUUUUAAAGAUGUUCAAUUAACUGCCACCAAUGACGAUCAAUACUUUGUGUUUGAAGAUAUUCUAUAUCAGAUAAUGUUGUGUUUUUCUCGUGAUACAGAAAUCAAUCAAUCGAUUCAAUCGGAUUUCACCAAUAUAUCCAAAUCAAAACAAUAUGAAGGUCCACCGUCCGGUGUUGUUCCAUUCCAUGGCAUUUGCAUGUUUGCGGCCCCAUUUUGUUACAUAUUCGAUUCGCCGGAGCAAUUAUACUUUACAUUUCGUGCAUUUUACAUUAGAUACUGUCACCGAUUGACUACGAUAAAUACACAUCCACAGGGAAUAGUGAGUUUGUGUCUUUUGUUUGAGAAACUGCUUCAAACGCACGAGCCAUUACUCUGGUCGCAUUUUAGAGAACUUCAAAUUCAACCAAUCCGAAUUGUGUUCAAAUGGCUUAUAAGGGCAUUCAGUGGAAAUCUUUCGCCUGAUGAAUUGCUCAUUCUAUGGGAUUUGAUUCUCGGCUAUGACAGCUUGGAAAUAAUUCCAUUUUUUGCUAUCAUUAUAUUGAGUUUUCGCAAAGAGAGCUUAUUGCAAGUUAAUACGAUAGAAAAUAUUGAAGCAGUAUUGGCUGACCUGUCUUCGAUAAAAGUGCUACCACUCAUUCAGCUCACACUGUCGUUGAAAAAUUGAAGGUAAUCAUGACAUUUAAACAAUACAGACCGGGGUCCAAGCUAAUACAAAUGA